GUUACGUUUACAUUUCGGCUUUGAUCGCAACGUCCCAACGUCGCUCUUGUUCUUCUUGGGUUGUUAACCAGACUAGGAAGCCAUUAGCCUUGUUCGCGCUCAGCAUCGUGCCAUAUUUUUACACGCGUCUUGACAAACGUGAAAAUAUUCUGAUAGUUUUAAGUGAAAUAUUAUGAGAGUGAAGGUCGAAAUGGACGACGAUGAAAAGGGAAAAUUGUUUGUUGGUGGUUUGUCUUGGGAAACAACGCAAGAUAAUUUGCAGCGUUAUUUCAGUCGUUAUGGCGAAGUUAUUGACUGUGUUGUUAUGAAAAAUAGCGAAUCUGGACGUAGUCGUGGAUUUGGAUUUGUAACAUUCAGUGAUCCAGCUAAUGUUGGUCUUGUUUUACAAAAUGGACCACAUCAGCUUGAUGGUCGUACAAUUGAUCCAAAACCAUGUAAUCCACGCACUCUUCAAAAGCCAAAACGUAGUGGUGGAUUUCCAAAAGUAUUUCUUGGUGGUUUGCCCAGCAAUGUAACUGAAACUGAUCUUCGUUUGUUCUUUGCACGUUUUGGCAAGGUCAUGGAAGUCGUUAUUAUGUAUGAUCAAGAAAAAAAGAAAUCACGAGGAUUUGGAUUCUUAAGCUUUGAAGAUGAAGACGCAGUCGAUCGUUGUGUUGCCGAGCAUUUUGUCAACUUGGCCGGAAAACAGGUUGAAAUCAAACGAGCUGAGCCACGUGAUUCAUCAAGUAAAAUGAAUGACGGUCAUCAAGGUCAAUGGGGACCACCACAACAAGGUGGACCACAAAUGGGUAUGGCUGGUAAUAUGGGUCCAAUGGGUGGACCAAAUGGUCAAAUGGGUGGUCCAAUGAUUGGUGGACCAAUGGGACCACCAGGUAACAUGAUGCAACAGUAUCAAGGUUGGGGUGGUACUCCACAAACUGGUGGUUAUGCUGGUUACAGUACACAGUACAAUGCACAAGGAUGGGGUGCACCACCUGGACCACCACAACAACAACAAAUACCACCACCACCACCACAUCAAUGGGGUAGUAGUUAUAAUGUUCAACCAGCAGCUGCAACUCAAGGUUAUGGAAGUUAUGGUGGGCCGGCGGCGGCCGCUUCAGGGGGUUAUGGGCCUACAGCGGGUACUGGUGGGGCUGCGGCAGGUGGUCCCGGUGGUUCCUGGAACUCUUGGAAUAUGGCACAAAAUGGUCCACCACCGGGUAGUCAACCACCACCUCAGCCCCCUCAGCCCAACUCCUCGCAGCCCAACUCCAACUCGAACCCCUCUGGUCCGCAGGGUGAUAUGUACUCAAGGCAAACAACAGGCUCUGGUGCUCCAGGAUCGAGCAGCAGUUCAGCUAAAACUCCCGAUUAUACUGGAUAUACUGGGUAUACUGGUAGUUUUGCUGAAACAAAUUAUCCACAACGCUCUUAUCAGGCUGCAGAUAGCAACCAAGGUGGGUAUGCUGCCAGCGCUCCAAAACCUGGUCAGCAAGGCUUUGAUUACAAAGAGUGGCCCACAUCAUGACCAUUUUAAUUCAUUCGCGAUUUAAAAUGAUUAAAAUGUGCACACACGACAAAUUAAAACCCUUGUUAGCAUGAUUUUUUUUUUUUUUUUAAUUAUUUUUAAAUCAUUUUUAUUAUAAUAUUUUAUCACUUAUUUUUUUUCUUAUAAUUAUUUCAAUAAAUAAAUAACAAACAAUCAAAUUUUAAUGUUUUUAUUUUAUUUUUUUUUCAUCUAAUAAAUUUUGACAAUAGUUUAUUUUGUUUUUUUUUGCUUUGAAAAUUAAUAGUACAUGAAUUUAAUCAUUUUAUACGAUCAGAAAAUAAAAGGAAAAUGUAAAAAAAAAAAAAAAAUGAAAAUAUGAUGAGGUCGUGUAAGUGAGUAAAUAAAAAAGAAAAAAAAAAAUGAUAAAAAAUCCAUGCUUAACAAGGGAGCACUUUUUUUUCGGAGGCGCUGGGAAUGAUGAUGGUUGUCUAAUUAAAAUAAAAAAAUACAAGAAUUAAACUGUUUAGGUAGUUGAAAAAAAAAAAAGAAAAAUAAAAAAAAAAUAUAUACAGUUAUUGUCAGGGUCAAAUAAUCGUUGAUUUAAACUAACAUAAAAUGAAAAAAAAAAAAAAAAACACAAAAUACGAGCGAGCGCGAGCGAUAAUUUUUACGAAAAAAAAAAUAAAUAAAAAAUAAUAAUAAUAAUAUUAAAAAUUUAAACAUGAUGUACGGGGGAUGCAUGAAGAUUCUUUAAGAAAAAAAAAUUUAGUUAAAAAAAAAAUGUACAAUUUUUAUACGUACAUUUGUUCCACUUUUAAUUGUUUAUUUUUUUUUUUAAUUAAUUUUUUUUUUUUAAACGUAACGAUAAUAAAUAAAAUACAUCACGCGAUGAUAAAAUGAGAAUUUAAAGAAAAAUGAUAAUAUUUAAAGUAAAAUAAAUUGAUUAAAAAUAAAUAUACCGUUCAAUAGAAUUAUUGCAUUGGCAAUGAAUGCCUUUAAGACAUCUUUAAAAUCCACGUUUUUUUUAUGUAAACUAAUUAUAAUUAGGUAAUCGAAUUAAUGGAAUGAGUUUAAAAAAUAAUAAAUAAAAAAAUAGAUAGAAAGAAAAAAUAAAAUAUACAAAAUCUAAUUAUUGAAUUGAUACUACUUUUGAAGUAACAAGGUUCACUGGCUGAUCUUUAUUAUUUUUUUUAACAUAUAAUUAUUAUUGAAUGAGAGAAAUAUUGAUUAAAAAUAUAAGUUUAUAAAUGAGUGACUUAAAAUUAAAGAAUAAAAUCAUUUUUUUUUUUUUUUUCGUGUUUGUCAUUUUGACAACAGUAGCUGGCUACCACAGAUUGUUUUCCAAUUUAUACAUUUUUUUAAUUAUUUUUAAUGAUAAAAAAAAAUUUUUUCUCUCUUUAUUUCAAAUUGUCCAGAGCAAACUGCGGAAUUACUAGCACUGAAUCAACAACGUUAUCAAGAAUUACGUCAACAACCAACAAAAGAAAAAUUUAUUUCAACGCCUUUAAUUUAAUUAUAAUGUUAAUUAAUAAUACCGUGCCAAUUAAAAUAUAAUUGUUUUCUAAAAAUAUAUAAAUUAGAUUUAAAUAAACUAAAGGAUAUAUGAUAUUUUAUUAAAAAAUAUUUUACAAAAAAUAUACAUAUACCUUUAAUGUUAAAUAACAAAAAAUUUUAGUAUCCAAAUUUUGCUCUUGAGACAGUACUAUGUACAUUUCCAUUUAUAUCAUUAAUUUUUUCAUUUAAUAACAAUAUUUAUCUUUAUUUUGUAUUUUUUAUUUUUUUUUUUUUCUAAUUAAUAAUUUGUCGUCAAUAGGUUUUAAAUUUAGUAAAUUAAAAAUAACAACGGGUUUUAUUGUAAAAAAAAAAUUCUUCCGUACGACAAUUGUAGUUGAAACAAAAAAAAAAACUUAAUUCUUUAAGCAAUUGUUCAUAAUAAUUAUAAUUUUUUUUGUUCUUUUAAGUCGCAAUUAGCAUAAAGUCUAUUGAUUCAUAUCAACAAAUUAUUUCAGGGUCUUUUUAGUAUUUUAUUAAAAUUGUUAUUUUUUUUAAUUUAUCUCCAUUAUGAUCGACUACAUCUCAAUUGUCGUUGAAACACUUAGCAAUAAUUAGAAAAAAAAAAAUUGAUAAUAAAUCUAUUAUAAAAUAGCUAAGUUUAUUUCUUUUUUUAUUUGUUUUUUAUUAUGGCACAAUAAUUUUUAAACUAUAUAUCAACUGACAACUGUAUAAGAUGAUUGCUAUAUUAAGGUGUUUAUAAAUUUUAGACUGGCGAGACUGAGUUUAUCAUUGAUAUGUAAAUUUAAUUAGUGGAACGGCUUGAAUAAUAAUUUAACAAAAAAUAAAAAGAUGUCUUAAAGGCAUUUAUCCAUUUAAAUGCGUAGCAAAAUAAAAAUAUGAUUGAAAAGUAAGAAUAACCAAGUGGUUGAUAUGAUAGAGUGGUUAGGUGAGAAAAGGGGGCACCGAUCUGAAAAGUCUACCUGAUUAAAAUAUAUGGCUUUAUUAUAUUUACUCUGUAGGGUUUACCAUAGACCUAAAAAAAAAAAGAUAAUAUUUCUAAAUGCGGCGGCUCUUUCAUUAUAAAAUUUAAAAUAAAAAUAAAAAAAUAAUACACAACUCGCAGUUUCAUUGCCAGGCGAGCCGAGUUAAUAUAUAUAAAUAUAUAUUUUUAAAGAAAAAAAUAAGAAAAACAUAUUCUGUACAAUUAAUCAUUUAAAUUUGUCAUUUGUUUUUUUAAUUAAUGCAAAUUUAUUUAGCUCUUAAAUCAAUAUGCAUUUCAUUUUUUUAUAUAACUAUAUAUAUAAAUAUGUUUUUUUAUUUUUUUUUUUUAUUUUAACAUUGUGAUCAACGCGGCUCGUUUAGAAAAUAAAAAAACAUAUAAUUCUGGGAUCAAGUUGAUACAUUUAAUAAUUAAAAUUGCGUAAUUAAAGUAAAAAAAAAAGUCGAUAAGAAAAAGGGAGCUCAAUCAAAUUACCCUUUUGUGUACUAAUAAAAUUCAAUAUAUAAAUUUAAAAAAAAUACGCAUUUACAUUAAACAUAUUUAAAAUAAAAAAACACUGAAUUUUAAAACACAAAUUAAUUAAAAUUAAUAAAUUUAAAAAUAAUUAAAGAGUCUAAAAUUAAUAAAUAGGCAAAUCGACAUGUUGUUGAUUAAUCAAGUAAAUAAGAGCUAAAGUUAAUAAGAAAAAAAAAAAAAUAAUAAUACCAAUAAAUAAUUUGAUUUUAAACAAAAGAAAUAAUUUAAAAAAUAAAAUCGUGAUCGAUACGUUAUUUAUUAAUGUGGAGUAAAAAUAAAAAAUAAGAAAAGGGGUAGUAGAAAUUAUGCAUCGUUUUUAUUUUAAUUCUUUUUUUUUUUUGAAUCUAAGGCUGUCCAUCUCAUCUUAUCUGUAAUGUAAUAUAUCUACAAGUAAAUAUAUAUAUUUAUGGAACAGAAAAAAAAGAAAAAAAAAAAAUUGAGAUAAUGUUUAAAACAGAACCAUUAG